AUGUCUACGCACAAAUCCCGAUCACAACAACGCCUCCGUGCUCAGCUGGGUGUGAGGCUUCGGAUCCCAGCCACCCACAACCAGGCUAGACCCGCCGUGCCUGUGUCUCCAGGCUCCGACGAUGCCGACGAUGCCGACGAUGCCGAAGUGAGCCGAACUGCAAACGAGAGCUUCUUCGAACCUCGCACGCACAAACGCCACGUCGUCUUCAGCCUAGAUACGCCAUCGCCUCGUCUACGGUUUCCAACCAAUCCGAACGCGACCGCGACCGUCCAAGUGCCGCGACCAGCCUGGCGCGACCAACUCCAACAACCCGGGGCUGGCGUGAGACCACCGGGCCGGAACCUGACCCCGUACCCAUCCAGUCCGCCUAGCAGCCCGCAGAGCACCCUCCAAAGCCUGCAGCAGCGCGCCCACGCUGCCGAGAAGCUAGCCCACCGGCUGCGGCUGGAGCGCGCACAGCUGGAGGAACAGGAGCGGGCCGCCGAUGAACGGCUCGAGCAGCUCGAGGAGGAGCUAUCGUGGCUCCUGCGUCAGGUUGACGAGGCUGAGCGGGAUCAGGAGGAUCAGGAGGAUGCUGGUGUGCCUGUGCCGGUUUAUGGAGAGGUCAUUGUGACGUCGCCGUCGGUCUACGAGUGGGACUUUGCUGGGUUGGGGCCCGGUUGGGGCCAGGAGGGGUGA